AUGGCGGCUGUGUUCGAAGAGCAGGGCCCUGCGUACAUCAGUCUGGACGGCGCGGCCGCAAUGCCGCUGCCGGCAUGGAGCAACCUGGAGCGCACCUGGGACCCGGAGUGGCAAGCGCUUCUCCCAGGCACGCCCGGGCAAGAUUACGACUUCCCCAAGCUGAAGCUCUGGGCCGAACUGGGAGCCAAUCUGCCAGUUCUUCCCAUGGACGGUGCCCAGGCGCCCAUGGUGUUCAGCGAGGCCGAGCCUCUGCAGCUUGAACCCAAGGGUAACACGAACAAAGAACUUCUGAAGAGGCAGCUCCAAAAAACCCAGCUCUGCAUGUUCUGGAAGAGGAACUGCUGCGCCAAGGGGACGGACUGUACAUUUGCUCACAGUCUGGAGGAGCUGAAGCAGCCGCCCGAUUUGCGGCGGACCUCCCUCUGCAAGCAGUGGCUGAAGAAUCGUUGCCCGUACACUGCCACCACCUGCAGGUACGCUCAUGGUGAAGCAUAUCUCCGACGCACGUUUGAGGACGGCUCGCGCCGACGAAGCAAAGCUCGCAAGGACUCUGGCAGUGAUGGAUCGACUUCAACGGAGGAGGGACUAUGGAAGUGCUGA